AUGCAAAGAUGCGUACAAAUUGAGCGCGGUGUCACGUGCAAUGUUGGAACAGCACGCGUGUCGGUGUCAGGUGCAGUUGGUGAGGUGAGCCGCGACCGCAUCAAAGCGGCUGCGCGCGGUGUUUGGUUAGGAAUUGGCCACGCAUUCCGCCACAUUACCAGUUUCACGAGCGGCGCGAGCCGGUAUCGGUGUCGCAAGCGUCUCAUCGCGGCCGCUGACGAAAUAAUCUGCCGUAAUGCGUGCGUGGACACGCGCGCCGCCGGCCCCGGCGGGUCGUUGACUUGCAACUUUGUAGUU